AUCAGACGAAAGAGAAAACCCUAGGGAUUGAUGGCACCGAAGAAGUGGUGGACAUCUAAGGAAGAAGAAGCCUUGAAAGCUGGUGUUAAAGAAUAUAAAGCAGGAAACUGGAAAGAUAUUCUUAAAGAUCCACGAUUUGCUUCUAUACUGGCUAAUCGAACGAAUAUCGAUCUCAAGGACAAAUGGCGAAAUCUGAAUGGAGGUGGUUGUGUGUCUGGCGGCAGAAGGAAAGCUAGUACUUCUCGCCCGCCGGAUAAGAGAAUAGUCCCAAAGUACAAGUACAAGACAAUGAUUUACGAGUAUCUCAAAUACAUUGAAGAUCCCAAUGGAACUGAUCUUGAUACGAUGAUGAACUUUCUUAAGUCAAAGUAUGAGUUACAAAGUAUCUUUAAAAAAUCAUUUAAUGCAGCGCUCAAAGCACUUGAGUUGAAAGGAUACAUUAAGAAGGUGAAUGACCACUACUACAAGGUCAAGGGCGUGGAGUUCUCUUCUCCUUCAUUUGGGGAUGAAGAAGCUUUGAUCGGAGACGAUGGUGAAUUCAGCUCAAAAUCCAACUUCUUCUGCCAAUCAGCAGUGGAUCUAGGUUGUCCUGCAGAAGGGUUCCGGUUAGCGUCGCCUGGAUCUGAAGAUUCAUUAUCUUCAACCACAUGCGUUGCUCAAACUGGAUCAACUUUCAUGCAACUCACUCAAUAG